CAAAAGGGGCAGGUGCUAAAGCAACCCUACUCCACCCCCCUUGUUCCUGAUAUAUCCUCUGAUCCUAAUCCAGGCAUUCUUUUCAAAAUUUGAUGGCUGAUCAUGCACCACACACCUCUAUGUUUUCACAAUUUCUUUUGUAUUAUGUUGUAUAAUUGUUGUAUUAUGUUUCAUAGAAAAAGAUAAAGUACACAGUCGUAUUUUGUUCCGAAAGGAAGACUCUCCCCCUCCUAGUAAGGUGUAGUAAGGGAUGACAGCGGGAUGCUGGCAAUCCGCAAGCUGCCAAUGGGAGGGCACUACGCUAUACCGUAAUCUAGUUUUGUAUUUGGUGUUUAUGUUAUGCGAUCACGAAUGCUAAAUUUCUUUAAGUGCUUGUAUUUCAGAUAGUAUAACCAAGGUGCAAGCUAUUGUGCAUAAGCCGAUUUUCCGAAAAGUUGCUGCGAUCAUUUUUUCUCCACCUGGACUAUACCAAUUACAACUGCAGUGGAUUUAAUUUUAAACACUACCUGGACUGUGUAAUAGCGGAUUCAGCUAUGUAUUCAGCCACGACAUAAACUUAAAAAAAAAAAUAAAAGAAUUAAUGAUCCUGACGCAGCUUGCUGAUGUGAUAUAAGGAUAAGGUUUAUUAUCGGAGGGUGAGCGCGCGCCUGGUGCUCGUGACCAACCUCUAGGAAGGAGACCCGGAGCCGCGCGAGUUAAAGUUGGACGGAGGGGGAAAGGGUGCACAUUGUGUUCAAUGGAAAGAAGAAAUUUUCAUGAGAAAUAUCCAUUUACAGCUUAGAUACCCGAGGAAGCAUGUUUCUAAAAAGAAGGAUGAAUUAUAAAGCACUUUGCACAAGUCUCUUAUUUUUUCUAGGUUUUCAACACUGUUCAUCACGACCAUGUCUUGAUCCUUUGACCCCUUCUCUGUACGCAUCCUCUUUCUUGGCCUCCUCCAGAUAUAACUUUUUGUAUUCUGCCAACUUCGCCAGACUGUAUGCCAGUUAGCCAGUGUGGAUGUUGGUGCCAGCCUCUAAUGGGAGCAGUGGGUGGUCACCAGACCCAGGGGACCGGCAGCCCUGGCUCCAGAUUAACCUGCACAGGAAGUACCGCAUAGUGGCCAUCUCCACACAGGGAACCUUCAACUCCUAUGAUUGGGUGACCAAAUAUACUUUGCUGUAUGGAGACCGGCCAGACUCUUGGACCCCUUACAUCCAACGGGGGGGCAACUCGACUCUGUCAGGAAAUUGGAACUACUACCAGGUGAAGAGGCAUAACUUCCACUAUGCCUUCACAGCCAAACACCUUCGCUUCUUACCUUUGGGAUGGAACACAAAAUGGGGCGGGAAGAUUGGGGUCCGGCUGGAGAUAUAUGGCUGCCCCUAUGACUCCUAUGUCAUGUCAUAUGAUGGAAAUGACAUGGUGGCCUAUCAGUUCCCACGGCAGAGAUACCGUACGCUGAAGGACCACAUUGCCCUGAACUUCAAGACGCUGGAGCGGGAUGGUGUACUGCUGCACAGUGAAGGCCUGCAAGGGGACGUCCUCAUUCUGGAGCUGAAGAAUGCUCGCCUCUACCUGCACAUUAGCCUAGGGAGCAGCACUGUCCAUGACGUAGAGGGUCUCACCACCCUUACAGUGGGCAACCUGCUGGACGACCAACACUGGCACUAUGUCACCAUCAAGCGCUACGGCCGGCAGGUCAACCUGACAGUGGACAGCCAUACCGAGAGCGCCAUCUGUAAUGGCGACUUCACUCACCUGGACCUGGACACUCAGGUUGUUGUAGGAGGAGUGAUUCAGUCAAACAUGCCUCACCAUCCCAAGAAAGCCAAUUUCCGUGGAUGCCUGGAAAAUGUCUUUUACAACGGGAUCAACAUCAUCGACCUGGCACAGUAUGGAGACUCUCAGAUCCGUUUCCAUCCUGGACAGAAAACAAGGCGAUACUCUUGCUAUGAUAUAAUGCUAAAGCCCAUGACCUUCGCUGGGCCAAACAACUUCCUGCAAUUGCCGGGGGUGUCAAGGAGGCCAAGGAUGACUGUCAGAUUCAAGUUUCGCUCUUGGGACUACACCGGGCUGCUGAUGUUCACCCGCUUUGCUGAUGACCUCGGCUCCCUGGAGCUGGGUCUGAGCGAGGGCCAGGUCAACGUCUCCCUUUUGCAGCCUGGCAAGAAGAAGCUGCAGUUUGGUGCAGGCUAUCGGCUGAAUGAUGGAUUCUGGCACACCGUGGAAAUUGUGGCCCGAGACAACUUUGUGACCGUGACCAUCGAUGACGAUGAGGGAUCUCCGCUGAAGAUCACCAACGUCUUUACAGUCCGCACCGGAUACCAUUAUUACUUUGGAGGAUGUCCUCAGACCAACAACACAGACAGGUGUGAGACCAAUCUAAACAAGUUUCAUGGCUGCAUGCAGCAGAUCUUCAUCGACGACGAGCCCGUGGACAUCGACAUGGUACUGCUGUGGCGCUGGGGGCGCUAUACUGAGCUGCUGCUGGGCACCUGCGGCAUCACUGACAGGUGCACGCCAAACCCAUGUGAACACGAUGGCAGAUGUAUCCAGUCCUGGGAUGACUUCAUAUGUCGUUGUGAGAACACUGGUUACCAGGGAGAGGUGUGCCACAUGUCUGUGUACAAGGAGUCUUGUGAGGCUUAUCGGCUCAAUGGCAAGUUCUAUUCGGGCAACUACACCAUCGAUCCUGACCUUAGUGGCCCUUUGAAACCGUUUUCAGUCUACUGCAACAUGGGAGCCUACAAAGGUUGGACAGUGGUCAGGCAUAACCGGGUAGACAAGACCAAGGUGACCGGAACCACGAUAAAUCAGCCUUACAUUGGUGACUUGGAGUACAUGAACGCAUCCUGGGCUGAAGUCACGGCCCUCGCCAACACAUCCACACACUGCGAGCAGUGGAUUGAAUUCUCCUGCUACAAGUCUCGGCUGCUCAAUACGCCUUAUGGGCAGCCGUUCAGUUACUGGAUUGGCCGGAAUAAUGAGAGUCAUGUAUAUUGGGGUGGAUCCUUCCUUGACAGCCACAAAUGUGGCUGUUCCAUCAACCAGACAUGCGCAGACCCCCGGUUCUACUGCAACUGUGACGCAGACUAUCGACAAUGGUAUUCAGACAAAGGCUGGCUGAACUUCAGAGACCAUCUGCCGGUCCUCAGAGUUGUAGUUGGGGACACAAACCGAACUGGUUCAGAGGCCCAGUUUUACGUGGGAAAUCUGCGCUGUCAUGGUGAUCGAAACACCUGGAACACUGUGUCCUUCACCAAGCCAACCUACUUGAAGUUUCCCACUUUCAAACCGGGUACGAGUGCUGACAUCUCCUUCCAUUUUAAAACCACUGCUAACUACGGCGUCUUCCUGGAGAACUCGGAUGACCGCCACCGUAACUUCAUCCGAGUGGAACUCAACACCACCAUGAACGUGCUCUUUGUCUUCAUGGUGGGUGAUGGCAUCAUCAACGUGACCCAUCGCUCCCCGCUGCCGCUCAACGAUGAUGAGUGGCACUUUGUCCAGGCAGAGAUCAACGUGAAGGGGGCCAGGCUCAAGGUGGACUAUAUGCCUUGGGCAGUGCGGCGCUUUCCUGGGCAGACUUCCGUUAGGAUGAAGUUCACCCAGCCCCUCCUUGUAGGUGCUGCCAAAUCGAGGCUGAGGCCAUUUCUGGGCUGUCUGCGAGGAUUGCGGAUGAAUGGGGUGCCUGUCGACCUGGCAGGAAAAAUUAAUGAGUCAGAAGGGGUCCGGCUGAACUGCACAGGCCAGUGCUUGAAUUCCACCAUACCUUGUCGGAACGGUGGACGAUGCAUGGAAGCCUAUGCUUCUUAUUUCUGUGACUGCAACAACACUGCCUUCGAGGGCUAUUAUUGCCACAAAGACAUUGGGGCUUAUUUUGAGGCAGGGGCAUGGAUGCGCUACAACAUCCGGAAUGAGGCGAUUUCUGAUGAGAGCCAAUGGGCUUACUGGCUGGAUCCCCAUAAUUUCAGCUUGGGCUACAACCAGACCAAUGACAACAUUGAGUUCAGCUUCAGCACCACCCAUACUCCUGCUGUGCUGCUCUAUAUCAGCUCGUUUGUGAGGGACUACAUUGCGGUCCUCCUCAAACUCGACGGUAGCGUAGCGCUGAGGUAUCGUCUGGGCCUUAUCACUCAUAAAUUUCAAGUGUCCCCCAGGAACCUGGCUGACGGAUACCCCCACUACAUCAACAUCACCAGGCACAACAAAACCGUACGAAUACAGGUGGACUACGCAGAGACCAUCAAAGAACACUUGGCAGAGAUAGAUAUUAGGUUUGACUCCCCCAAGUCAAUGUUUCUUGGCCGAGUCAUGGAGGUGGGGGACAUUGACUAUGAGAUUCAGAGGCACAACGCCCCAGGCCUGAUUGGCUGCAUAUCAGGAGUGCGGUACAACAUCUACGCCCCACUCAAGACCUACUUCCGCCCCAAUGAAACGCACCCGCCUGUUACAGUGCAAGGUUUUGUUGCGGAGUCCAACUGUGGGGUCUUCCCGCCAGUGCUGGGUCUGGUGCCUUUGUCAGCUGACCCAUGGUACACCGGAUUAGUGUUCUACUACAUCCAUGAUGACUUAUCAAGUCCACCAAUGAUAGCUCUCUUUGUCUUCAUAGCACUGCUGGUGAUAUUCGGCGCUCUCUACGCCAUAUAUGGUUACCUGUACCGCUACAAGGGCAGCUACAGCACUAACGAGCCAAAAAUAGUGGAGUCACCCAGCAGUGCUAAACCACUCACGGAACCAGAGCCACCGCGCAGGAAAUCGAAAGAGAGGAGCCUGCCUAAGAUUCAAGAAGAGCUGGCGAGCGAAUGAAAUGGCACAGCCGGAUGGAGAUUAAGCGAGUAGUCAUUUCACACCCACCCGCACACAGAACCUGUGUCUUUACUUUUUCUAUUCACAUAUCAUGUUUAUGUAUAUUUCCUUUUGUCCUUCUUUUAUAAUCACAUCAGAAUCAGUGGUAUUACAGGAUGUGACGCACAUAUUGUAUCUGCAGAUUACAUCUCAUCUAGGCAAAUCAAAACCGAGCCUCGCAACACAUCACAUGACAGAUCAAGCAAAGUGCCUGGAAAUAUUUUAAUCCUUCCAUGGGUUUUGUUCUCAUUUUAAAAAUAAGGAGGAAACGUGCCAGUUCUAAUGUUUCGUUAAUCUUUAAAAUAAUGAGAUAUAGAAGAAAAAAGUGAAACUGUAACAAAUGAGACUCGUCUGAUAGCAUGACACCUACAGUAGAUAAACUGAAGUUGUGGUUAGGAGUGUAUUCUGAAGGAUUUAUGUAAUGAAAUGGACUAUAUAGAUCACAUACUAUAUUUAUUUAAUACAUAUUAAUUAAUUGUAUACUUUUCAGGUGCUCUUUUUUAAACCAAUACCGUCCACUCUUCAGGACUUCAUUUAUAAUGUUUUUGUUUGCAUGUGUGAAAAGGCAGUAAUAAGUGGACAAGCAAAUCUAAACUAGAUGUAAAGCUAAGGCUUGAGUCUGAGGCCAUGGAAGGAGAGGUCUGGUCUGAGCGGCUCGGUCUGCUGCCCCCGCAAGCCUCGGCAGGAGAAGCAGCAAGGGGGGGCUUGACACCAGGAUAAUUACCUGAACAGACAAGGUCCUUGGUUUAAUGUUUACACUCUAUGGAUUUACAGAAGUGAAAAACAACUGCAUUAUGAACAUCAGGAAGCUAUCAGACAUAUGUGUGGAACGGGACAAAGACUGAUGUGUUUUCUAGCUAGUUUUUUUUUUACUAGCUAAAAGGAUGCAUUUCAAAUCGGAUUAAGCAGGCUUGCAAAGACUAAAUCACCAUUUUGAAAGUGGUUAAAUGUGGCAGCAGGGGAAUGUGUUUGGAUCGGAGUUAUUUAUUGGAGUGUACCUGUUGAAUUUGUUAGCUGUUUACAGACUCAGCUGAUAAGUCGGUGCUCUUUCCAAGCCACAGCUGUCCCGCAGAACGGCAUUUGAGGAGUCGGUUUGGAAAGUCUAAACUUUCUACGAUCAGGACUACCCAAUCCGCUACAUCGAUGGAGUCUUUCUGAAACAUGUUUAGACAACCACUCAAACACAGUUGUGCACACACAUCAGUUUUUAAAAUAUAUAUAUAAUACAUAUAUAUAUGUACACACAGUCACACACACGUGAAGGACCACAGUGAUCUUAACAUUUGCACACUCUGUACAUUUGGCUUACUAGACUGAUAGCAUAGAUUUGCCAUAUUGCUGCCUAGCUGCUUGCCAUAAGAUAGCAACUUUGAUGUCAGCGCAGUGUAAAGUAUAGCUAUGCAUAGCACAGCAUGCCAAAAAAAAGCAGUUUCCAAUCAGCUAGCUGCUUCCAGCAUAAACGUCAGCUUUAUUGUAAUGGGCGAGUCAUAAAGGUAUUGUACACAUAUGGAACUAGAAAAUAUGUAUUUAAUGUUUUUAUGGUUCUCGUUUCUAUAAAAGAGCAAAAAGAUAAAUCUAAUGUACUUUUCACUGCCAUUGCCAUGACAACGACUGCUUACAGCAAAGUCUGUUAUUCUCAUGUUUAUGGAAAACCACCAUAGCAGACUCCCAUCAUGUAUGUGCGCCAGAUAUUGGUGGGCACCUACUUCCCAUUUCCUGUUUGAAAGCAUGCGUUUGUCUGUGCUCGACAGCUUGCUUCCUGCCAUGUCUGUGCUUUGGAGCUGCCAGCCCGCUGCUGUUGCCCGUUGAAGCUGUUUGUGUGUGAUCCACGCGUGUGCGAGUGGUGGAGGUCUGUUGUGUUGUGUCUGGAAUGUGCAUUGACAUCAGUGGCCUGGUAGUAUAUAGUGAGUCUUUCUGAGCUAAGUUCUCUAAUAUCCACUUUUCCCAUUAGCUAUAGUGGGUGGCCCAAGUUGUCCUUCUUCUGGUAAGAUGGUUUACUUAAGAGAACUAUUUUUGUUAUUUAUUUUUUUAUGACUCCGUAAGGCCAAUGAAUAGAGAGCAUUAUAUGAAACACAACAUACAUUUAACAGAGCCUCACUUGUAAAAAAAAAAAAACAUUUUUUUAAACUUAUCCUAAAAUGUAAAAUUCAGAGAAAAAAAAUGUGAAUAUUGUUAUCAAACUGUUGUCACAUCACUGUUGAAAACAUAGAGAAUUAUGACAUUUUUUUAAUGUUCUGACUGACAGGUGCAAUAGGGCCACCCUUCUGUGUUCUAUUACUGCACUCAGAUUUAGUAUGUUUUGUCUUUGUUUUUGUCUUAGUUCCGUUAUGCAUCCAUUGUAAGUUACCAUAAGUAAAUGGAAAAUGGCUUGUAGAACUCAAUAUAAAAAUACACUUCAAUAAAGAAAAUUAAAGAUC